AAUAAAAAACAAUAUACCCACAUUAUAAAGCACCGACUGAACAUAUGCACCUUAAAUCCUGCGUUUCUCAUCUCUCUUUCACAAUAAGAACAUAAUUUCUGGCAUGUCUUUCCUAAGUCUGAGGCUUCCACCUGCUAGAAAGAUAUGGAAGAGCCUCACCUCCAAAUUACAAAAAAAACUUCACAAGAUCCAGAGGUCUAAAGCCAUCUCGAAACCCCGAACCCAGAUCAAGAAAACCACUACUGGUGUUGUUUCUACCUCCCUUUCCACUAAGCAACGCUUUAAACGCAAAAGAAAACUUGUCCACUCAUACCAAGCCAGUCAAUUUUACAACCAUCAUCAAUACUUGUUCGAGAAAAAAACUGCACCUAUAUACGUAGACAAACUCUUCAAAGAGCCUAUCACUGGGCUGGUGGGACCGGAAAAGCCAGAGCUAACAAAGCGUCCAAUAGGAGCAAAGAAUAACAAGCUCCUUGAUCACCCGGCUGCAGUGCCAGGAGCAAGCAAAGUUGGCAGCUUGGCCGAAAAGGCUUGUUCAGGGGAUGAUAUGUGGGAGUCAUUGGGAUUAGCCUCGCCUCAAAUGCAUGGAAUAGAUGAAAGAGCAGAGGAGUUUAUUGUGAGAUUCCGAGCUGAAAUGAAGGUUCAGGAGAUGUUGGCACGUAAUUUGUAGUGUAUGGUAGUUUGUUUAUCUUUCUUUUAUUUUUAACCAAAGAUUUUAAUAAACAAUGUUCUGGGGGAGAUACUAUGAAAAGAGGGAAGAUUAGGUAUUUAGGUGAUGUAUAGAUUGUACAGUUGGAAUAUUUAAAGUAAUCAGUUUGCUCAAAUAUAUUUCAUAUGAA